CGGGAGGAGGGACAAUGCCCUUCCAAACCGAUGGCUAACCAUGGUAUUUUCAGAGCUGGUCUCGGGUGCAUUGUCAAUGGCUCUAGGUGGAUACCUAGCUGCUCGAUCUGAGAUGGAACACUACAAAAACGAACGAAGGCGCGAAGAACAAGAGCUGGAACUCUACCCUGAAGAAGAGGAGGAUGAAAUUGUGGAAUUGUUCGAAAGCUAUGGUAUGGACCGUGCUUCUCUUGAACCAAUGCUUGCAAAACUCAGAGAAUCACCAGAGCGAGCUGUGGACUUCCACAUGCGUUUCGAACUGAAUUUGGAGAAACCUGACCCGAAUAGAAGCUGGAUGUCGGCGGUGACUAUCGGCAGCUCCUAUUUUGUAGGAGGAUUAAUUCCCCUUAUACCCUAUUUUUUUUAUGAGAAGGCUAGACCUGCUUUGUAUAUGUCAGUACUGAUUACUUCCAUCACACUGCUCAUCUUUGGCUACGUCAAGAGCAUGUAUUUGACACCACGGCAAGCCGUUGUAGGCGCAUUGCAGACGUUAGCCAUUGGUGCCGCAGCGGCUGCCUGCAGUUACAUGAUGGUUUAUGUUUUCAGCUACGACGCAGAGCUGGAGACGCCUCCUCUUCCUCACGCAUAAGAUUAACCGUUUAUGCGACAGUUCUCACAUUUCACUUUGUACAAC